AUGAGAAGGAGAGGAGGGUAUACGAAUCUGAAAAGAAAGAGAGGGCAGUGUGAUGAGAUUCACACAGACAUGGGCGACAAACCAAUUACGAAGGCUCGGCAAUUCGAUUCUGGGGCUUCAUCAGACAAGGAGACAAGGGCUGAUCCGGAAAAAACCCCUGAUCGAUCGAACUCUGAAUCAGGAAAAUCAGCAUCAGAGAAGGAGUCAAAAUCAAAUUCACCGACAUCUAUUGAACCAUCACCACCUGACAGCGAGGAUGGGCAGGAGCGUGUAUGGAUGCCUCGCCUUUCGGAUGUGGACGACUGGGACGACUGGGUGAGUCUCAACAAGAAGUACAGGGAGGAGAUCCACCAGAGUCGGGGUUUUGAGGUGACAUGCUGUCCUUACUAUGCCUUAACUACAUGUUUCGUUCCGUGGACGUUCAAAGAAAAAACUCAGAGAUCAACUCCGGAGCAAAUCGUUCAAUGGUGUCACGACUCCAUUGCGCAAUUCAACAAAGUUCAUUGUUCUCAGAAGAAACAAGGUUACCCACCCUAUGAGUUCGUUGAGGUUGAGUAUAUCACGUGUAUCCGUGCUGGUUUCGGCUAUUACAUAUUUUACAUUACCUUCAAAGCCAAAGCUGCUUCGUCCAGCAUCGUCCACUGCGAAGUCUUUCGAGCUCGAUAUGCCAUUCUUAAGAAAGCUGGGUCGGCGAGCUUCUUCAAGGUUGGGGUCCUUUCUUGCGAGCUCAAGAGUGAGCAUGAUGCCCGAUGGAAAGAGAAGUUAGCGAAGAAGGGUGGUCGUUGUCUUCUUCCUUGCUGCAUCGGUAAAUAUCCACCUAUUUCGCGCAGACUAUCUGAUGGUGACCGAAUCCAGGUCCGUAGGGAACCACAGUUGUAUGACAAAUGA